AAGAUGCAGUGGACCCCCGAGCAUGCCCAGUGGGCCGAGCAGCACUUUGACAUCUCGUCCACCACCCGCUCCCCUGCUCACAAGGUGGAGGCCUACCGCGGGCACCUCCAGCGCACCUACCAGUACGCCUGGGCCAACGACGACAUCUCCGCCCUCACCGCCUCCAACCUGCUCAAGAAAUACGCCGAGAAGUACUCGGGCCUCCUGGAGGGCCCGGGCGAGAGGGCCCUGCUGUGCUCCUACGCCGACGGGACACCGGGACUCAUGAACGGACGCAAGUCGGAGAGCGACUCCUGGCAGGAGGGGAUUUACCCGAUGAACUGCGCUCCAGAUGUUGUGUCUGUGAGCAAAGCUGGGAUGACAGCUGCCCUGCCCCCCACAGACGUGUCUGGCAGCAUAGGCAGCUCCCCGGGGGCCGUCGGCAGCCUGGCCGAGGUUAGCUACUCCAGCAGCAACUGUGGGACCCACGCAGCCGGCAGCAUCCACUCCGCCCUGUCCUCUCAGGAAUACGCCGGCGGUUACAACGGCUCGUACCUGCACAGCAGCUACAGCGGCCAGAGCACCCCGGCCCUCCCCUCGCCUCACCCCUCCCCGCUGCACAGCGCCGGGCUUCUGCAGCCGCCCCCUCCGCCCCCGCCCCCUCCGCCCACACUGGUGCCCAGCUACAACGCGGGCCCCCCCAACCUGUCCAACUACAACUACCCCCCCACGGGGUAUCCCCCCCAGACUGCAGUCGCCCCAGGCUAUAGCCCGGGGGGAGGCCCCCCUCCAUCCACCUAUCUGCCCUCCGGGAUCGCCGCCCCGACCCCCCUCCCCCCCUCCACCCUCCCCGGCUACACCUACCAGUCCCACAACCAUGCGCCGAUCGCACCAACUCCUCUGAACGGCAGCUCGGCCAACUCGCUGAAAAGAAAAGCUUUCUACAUGAGCGGCCAUGGAGAUAUGGACUCCAGUUAUGGUCAUUUCAACUACAGCCAACAGAGCUCCUCCCACAGCCCCAUGUACAGGAUAGCAGACGGCGGCCUCUCAGACAGAGGGAACGGGUUUGACAGGAAUGCCGAGGCGGCGUCUCUAGCGUUCAAGCCCGCCAAGCAGCCCAUAUCCUCCGAUCUGCAAAGAAAAUGUAGCGGUCAGUCUGGCAGAGCGCCCAGCCCCCCGCCAGGCGUCCUACGCCCCUGCGACUCCUUCAGGAAGUUUCCGUCCGAGGAACACAGACAGCACCUUGCGCAUGCCAUCGCCGGGUCGGACGUGGGCCCCGCGACCUCAUCCACACACGCUGCGGAGGAACAGCUGAAGAACAGCGACGCCAGCCUGGUGGAGAUGGUCACCACCGAGAUCCUCCAACAGGCGCCCCCGGUGGACUGGAGUGACAUUGCCGGUCUAGAUCUGGCCAAAGCCGCCAUCAAAGAAGAGAUCCUCUGGCCCAUCCUUCGGCCCGACAUGUUCAGCGGACUGUCCUCGUUACCUCGGAGCCUGCUCUUGUUUGGACCUCAGGGGUCAGGCAGGACUCUGUUGGCCCGCUGCAUGGCCAGCCAGCUGGGCGCCGCCUUCCUGCGCCUCAGCGGCUCCGCCCUGGUCACCAAGUGGCCGGGAGACGGCGAGAAGAUCAUCCAGGCCUCCUUCCUGGUGGCGCGCUGCCGCCAGCCCGCCGUGGUGUUCAUCAGCGAGGUGGACGUGCUGCUGUCGGCCCCGCAGAGCGACGACGGCCCCGUCAGCCGCAUCAAGAGCGAGCUGCUCCUGCAGCUGGACAGCCUGCUGGCGUCGUCCGAGGAGCACGUGCUGGUGGUGUGUUCCAGCAGCAGGCCCGAGGACAUUCCCGACGCCUUGCGGAGGUACUUCGCCAGGCGCCUCCUCGUCCCCCUGCCCGACACGGCCGCCCGCCACCACAUGAUCAGCCAGCUGCUCUCCCAGCACAACUACUGCCUCAGUGACAAGGAGGUGGCCAUGCUGGUCCAGAGGACCGAGGGUUUCUCUGGGCUGGACGUGGCUAGGCUGGUCCAGGAGGCCGUGGUGGGCCCCCUCCACGGCCUUCCCGCCAGCGAUCUCUCAGCCAUGCACCCCAGCCAGAUGAGAGCCGUGGCCUACCAGGACUUCGACAACGUCUUGUGCAAAUUCCAGCCCAGCAUUUCACCGAAGGAACUCGACACGUAUACCGAAUGGAAUAAAAUGUUUGGUUGUAGUCAAUGAGGGGGAGCUGUUGUGAGACUGAGUGAGCGAUCCUCAUACUGUGUUGUGUGCUCCCCCCUGCUGGGACGGAAGAAAGGACAGGUUAA